AUACGGAGCUGCUACAUAGCCUAUAUCGUAUGUAUAUACAAAAUAUGACUCUUUGCUGAUCUUCAGAUCGAUUCUUAUUCGUACCAAUCAAAAUGGCCAACAAUAACGUUGCAGCCAACGUGCUAGCCACCAUCGGAGCCACCCUCUGGUGCAUCCAGCUCAUCCCCCAAAUCAUACGUAAUUAUCGUGUGAAAGAUUGCACCGGGCUUCCGCCUCUCAUGAUGUUUCUCUGGAUGAUCAGUGGGAUUCCCUUUGGGAUCUACUUUUCCGUCACAGAUGCCACGAUUCCGGUGAAGAUUCAACCGCAUUUAUUCACAUUCUUCGCCUCCUUGACGUUUAUCCAGACACUAUACUACCCACCGGUGCAGAUACCCAAGACGAGAGUGAUUGCAGUGAUUGUGCUCACGUACGCCACCGCCAUAGGGCUCGAAGUUGGGGUGAUUUUGAACAUGAUCCCGCGAUACAAGGCCAAUGGACAUGACAACGAUUGGGGCCCGGUGUUGGCUGUGGGGGUCACUGCGUCGAUUCUUCUUGCUGCAGGCUUGAUUCCACCGUACUUGGAGCUCAGCAAGAACAAAGGGCGAGUAGUGGGGUUGAACUUUAUGUUCUUGGCGAUGGACUGUGCCGGGGCCAUCUUUUCCACGGCCAGCGUCGCUCUUUCGUCUAGCGAGCCAGGGAAGGAGUUGGAUGUAAUGGGAAUCACCCUCUACAUUAUUGUCGCGGGGAUGGAGCUUGGCAUCUUUGCCAGUCACGGUAUCUGGUACUUGCGGUAUCGGACCUUCAAUAAAGGCGGGGAGGAUGUUGGUCUGCAACUGCAGAGUGACGCAGAAGAAAUAUCCGACUCUGCUUGUGUAUCAGUACACACCAGCGACAAAGGAAGCUGUUGUUAUAAGUUUUAGACCGAAGUACUUGUGCAAAUAUACAUUCUGAAGUUUUUUUCAGUGAGCUUCUAAUUUAAGGUUGGUUUUGCUGGUAGAUAAAUAAGGAAGUCCCAGCUAGGGAAGCGUAUUGGCUGCGGGUGCCUGCAAAUAUAUUCGGUAAGAGAAUACACGGGAAGACUAUUGGAGGAUAAUACCAAGCCUUA